CAUUAGAAGAACAUAUAUAUAAGUACCUCUUGAUGUUACAGAUCUUAAACUGUAUAUAAAUGAAAACUUGAAAGGUUCCCCGGCAGUUGUGGUUAAUAUGAGUCGAACGCAAACUAUCUGGAUUUUAGCCCUAGCGACGGCUUUACAUAUGGGGUCAUGUGGGCCCCACUCCAGACCAUCCCAGCUGUGCACAGGAGGCACUAGCUGCUCCACAACAGAGGCGCCGUUUGACAACGCGGAUUUUCCCUUAUCAGACAUUAAAUUCAGAUUGUUUACGAAAACAUGUGAAAACGGCUCUUCUUUAUAUGCUGGCGACUCAGGAUUCAAGUCGAACUGUAGCUUUAAUUCCUCACUUCCUCUCAAGAUUGUGGUACAUGGUUUCUGGCAGAAUGGGAAAGCACAGUGGAUCCAGGAUAUGACCGCAGCACUUCUCCAAAAGGAACCGAUGUCUGUAAUCACAGUGGACUGGGGAAGUGGAUCAGGCUUCCCUUACCACCAGGCCACGGUAAAUGCACGUGUUGUCGGAGCAGAAACAUCCCGCCUAAUCAACUGCCUGCGUGCGCACGCAGGUGUGUCAGUGGACAAAGUUCACAUUAUAGGGCACAGUCUGGGCGCACAUAUUGCUGGCUAUGUUGGAAAAACUGUACCCGGGAUCACCAGAAUUACAGGUUUGGAUCCGGCAGAGUAUAUGUACAAAGACACGGAUCCACGUGUUCACCUUGAGAAGUCGGACGCACAAUUCGUAGACAUUAUACACUCGGACGGGUCCGAGUACGACUGGGUCUCGGUUACGAUCGACAUAAUAUUUCACUACGUGAAACCAAAUGCACAAGCUUUUUAUAAACUGUUCUGUAGUCACAGUCGAUCUAUUCAUCUAUUUAUUGAGUCCAUAAACACGGACUGUCCGUUCUACGGACACCCGUGCGAUAGCAUCAGCGACUUGGACUCGAACAAGGGCAACUGUUUGUCGUGUCCACGCGGUGUUUGUCCGGAAAUGGGAUACAAUGCGGACAAAACACUUGCACGUGGGAAAUUUUACCUCCGCACCAGAGCAAGCAGCCCAUUCUGUGGAUAUACCCAACAUGUGGAAGUUGAGUUCGGCAGCAUGCCAAGCACGACAGGUCAGAUAACAGUGGAAAUGAUUGGUCAUGAUGAGACGUCAGAUUCUGUAGUCAUUGGGAGCGGGAGUGAUCCAUUUGUGUCAGAAAAUCAACGCCAUUUGCUCGUGGUGCUCCGUGAGCCAUUGGAUGACGUAAAAGAAGUGCACGUGACAUUCACGCAACCGUGGUCUAUAAGUGAUCUAGCCUAUCUCUUCCGGUCUAGAAAAACAACACCAGAGUUUGUUACUAUUAAAAAGGUGACGGUAACGUCUGCUGAAAAUGGCCGAAGAAUUCACUUCUGCGGGUUCCAUCGAACAUUUAUCGAAAGCAAUUCAGUGACAUUAACUAGUAGUACUACUGACCCCAACGAGUGUCUGCACGUGCUGCCCGCACCGGCGGCGAACAUGUAUACUGGAGAAUCAACAGUGGAAAUGUAUACUCAGGAAUCAACCACGGAAAGUACUGUUCAACAAUCGACAUUUGAUAAAACUACUCAGGAAUUGACAACGGACAGUACUGUUCAACAAUCGGCACUUGAUAAGAAAACUCAGGAACUGACAAUAGAAACAAAAACACAGGAAUCAUCGGCGAUAUGGUUUUGGAAAUAAAAAUGAAUCAUAUCUUUGGAUUGUGAUAAAUUGUAAAAAAUCGGGUUUUGAGUCCAAUGGACACAAGUCACUUGAUGACUUUUGCCAUAACGUCAGAACGGAAUGCAGCGUGGCAGAACGAAAAACAACAACAACAACAAAAAACAACAACACCACAACAACAACAACAAAAAAAGAACAACAACAAUAAGAACAAAGAAACGAAACUUAUGUUCAAAAUGGGGGCCGACGGGACAAGACAACGAAAUAACGAGAAAACUGUAAAGAGGCAUUUUUGUUCUAUUUUCGUAUUUAUCGUUAGCCCCCGUCAAAAACUACAUUCUCCGCUGCAUUCAAUUCAACCGUUUAAUCAAGUUCGUCUUAAGAACCGCUUGAUGGAUUAAACCUUUUUAUCUAGCUGUCUGUGUACUAUCCUUGCACAUUUUUUGCAAAUCUUCACUGCAAAGCGUAUGUACACUAAGAAACGAAAAAGGCAACAUUGUUGUAGUUGAAAGAUAGUUGAAUAUGUUAAUUUCUUACUGGUAAAAAUAAGUGCUCAAAUAGCUGUUUCUGUUUUAAAAAAGAGUUAGACACUAGAAAAUAAUUCAAUAAAACAUGAUAAAAACUGUC